CUACAGAUCGACUUAAAAAUGGUGGAUAACAAUAUUCCUACCUUGGUUAUCGUUGACAGCACUACAGUAUGCAAAGCAGGGUUUGCAGGACAUGAUGCCCCAAGUGUAGUAUUCCCCUCUGUUGUUGGGAGAAGAGGUAGGACAGCGAAGGACUUCUAUGUGGGAGAAGAAGCGCAGAGGAAGAGAGACAUCCUGACCCUGACACAUCCCAUUGACUAUGGAUACAUCUCCAACUGGGAUGACAUGGAGAAGAUCUGGCACCAUGCCUUCUACCAAGAGUUGCAGGUGGCUCCAGAGGACUAUCCAGUCUUGCUUACUGAAUGUCCAGUUAACUUUCGAAGCAACCGCGAGAAGAUGAUACAGAUCAUGUUUGAGACCUUCAGUGUCCCAGCCUUCUAUGUAGCCAUCCAGGCAGUGCUGUCUCUGUAUGCCUCUUCUCGAACCACUGGGGUUGUUGCUCUUGCCAGGGGCAGUCACGUGGACACUGUGCCCAUCUAUGAGGGCCAUGCCUUGCUGCAUGCUGUUCUAGUUCUCCGCACAGGUGGGAAUGACCUGACUAACUAUCUGCUGAAGAUGCUGACCGAGAGGGGCUACAGUUUCACCACUAUGGCUAAGAGAGAGAUCGUGAAAGAUAUUAAGGAGAAGCUUUGCUACGUUGUCCUGGACUUUGACCAGGAGAUGGCCGCUACUGCCUCUGCCUCCUCUUCCUUGGAGAAGACCUAUGAGCUGCCAGACGGGAAGGUGAUUAAACUUGGCAGUGAAUGCUUCAGGUGCCCUGAGGUCCUCUUCCAACCAGGUUUCGUGGGGAGCGAGUCAUGCGGCAUCCAUGAGACGCUGUUCAAUACCAUCAUGAAGUGUGACAGAGAUCUCCGGAAGGACAUGUAUGCCAACAUGGUGCUGGCAGGUGGGACCACCAUGUUCCCUGGCCUUGCGGAGAGGAUGCACACAGAAUUGGAAGCCCUGGCUCCAAAGGGAAUGAAGACCAAUAUCAUUGCUCCUCCCGAGCGCAAGGACUCAGUGUGGAUUGGUGGUUCCCUCUUGGCUUCUCUCUCCACCUUCCAGCACAUGUGGAUCACCAAGCAAGAAUAUGAUGAGUCUGGCCCAUCCAUAGUCAGCCGCAAAUGCUUUUGACUUUUUUUUACUGCUUUCAUGCAUAAACAGAAUAAUAAUGUAGAUAACUUUAGCUAGUACUCCCUACCCGUUCUUGGCCCAAGGGCUAGAUGA